AUGAGGAUGGCAACAAAAAGGGGCAUCACCCCGACACCAAAGCAAAUGUUGCAAAUGGAAACGGGGAAUCGGUUGCCUUUCCCGGUGGUAGAGUAUUAUGCAAAGAAUGUUUGGACUAAGUUUGGUUUUUUAAAAGUUAUGAUGAACGAAUCAGGGUUUUUUUUCUUUAAGUUUGAUUCAAAAGAUGGCUUGAUGAAGGUGUUGGAAGGAGGACCAUGGCUUAUACGGAAGGUUCCGUUAUUUUUAAAUGUUUGGUCGCCCAAGAUUACUCUAAAAAAGGAUUGCAUUAAAACGGUUCCUAUAUGGGUCAAGCUGCACAAUGUACCAAUUGCAGCUUAUACGGAUGAUGGAUUGAGCCUGCUGGCGUCGAAGUUAGGAACCCCCAAAAGGUUAGAUUCUUACACAGCUGACAUGUGUGUUGAUAAUUGGGGUAGGAGCAGUUUUGCUCGGGCUAUGAUAGAGAUAAAUGCAGAUAAUGACCUGAAGGAUCAUAUCACUGUCGCUAUCCCGAAAAUGGAUGAGGAGGGUUUUAUUUUGGAACGGGUCAAAGUUGAAUAUGAGUGGAGACCGCUAAGAUGUAGUUCAUGUUGUUUAUUCGGCCAUGAUGAUCAUUCUUGUCCAAAUAAACCGAAUGAAAAGGCUAAAGGGAAAACGGUGGACGACGAGGGUUUUGUUACUGAUAAUCGGAGGUUGGCAAGACAUUCAUUUCCUCAAAGAAAGCAAAAACAAAAGGUGGUGUAUAGACCUAAGGUUAACAAAAGUCAGGCUAGCACGUCCGGUACGAAGGGGAAUGCUUUAAACGAGGUGAUACCAAACGCGGUUAAUAGGAGGAGUGAUGAGAAACCUGUCCAUAAGGAAGGCAAGAGUGUUAAUGGGAAUGGCAGCAAGGAAACAGGUCUGAACUUACGGAACUCGUUCUCGGCAUUGUCGGGUAAUAUGGAUGGAGACCCGGUUACUGGUGCAAGCUUUGUAGGAGACCCGAUAACUAUUGAGGAUAAUGACGAUGGAGUCUUGGAGAGUCUGCCUACGGAAAUUUCAGAAUUUAUGGCAGCUGGUACGAAUACAAAACCUUCUGAGGGGGCAAGCACUCCCGGUUCAAUGGGUAUUAAUGGAUAG